GGCGACCGGGUGCCGGUCGACGUGCUGCUAGAGAUCCUGGGUCAUGUGGUGCGGGACGCCGGCGGUGCGGUGCCCGCUCUGCUGCGUAUGUCGCGUGUGUGUCGCCUCUGGCGGACUGCGGCGCUCGAGCCGUCGCUCUGGCGCUCCGUCGACCUGGCCACGGGCCUCAUCCGCGACAAGUUCCGGCACGAGCGACUGCUCCUCUGGCUCAUCGAGAACCGGCUCUCCAAGACGGAGGAGCUCAAUCUGGCCGGCUGGUCGAGCGCGCUGAGUCCGCUGACGGUGCCGGCGUUGUGCCGCGGCUGUCCGGAGCUGCGCCAGCUCAGCCUCUCCGGCUGCCGCCGCCUCACCGGCGACGAGGUGACGCUGCUGGCCGGCGCCGCCGAGCGCGUGCACACGCUGGACCUGUCGGACCUGCAGCCCAACUCGGCCACGGCCCGCUCGCCGGUCGGGCCGCACAGCAUGCAGGAGCUGGCGCGGCUGAUGGGGCCGCGGCUCGUCAGCCUCACGCUCGCACACAACUGCGUGGCCGGCAUGCAGCAGAUCGUCAACGCGCUGGCCGACCACUGUCCCAGCCUGGAGGUGCUGGACCUGUCCAACAUCAUGAACGCCAUCCGUGACAUCGUGCCGGUGCGCGUGGAGCGGCUGCAGGCCGGCUGUCCGCGGCUGCGCGUGCUUCGCUGGACCAACACCGAGCUCCGGCUGGCCGACACCACGCUCAAGGAGCAGAUGUCGGCCCAGGGCUUCCCGGCGCUCGAGGAGCUGAGCGUGGCCGUGCCCAAGGGCCGCCACUGGGGGCUGGACGACGCCGGCGUGGAGCGCGUGCUCAAGGCGUCGCACCAGCUGCGCCUGCUGGACGUGCGCGGCUGCUCGCGGCUCUCCGACUCGAGCCUGGUGCGCGUGCCCGCCUGGAACCUGCAGCACCUCUUCCUGUCCGGCUGCGAGGUGACGCGCACGAUGGCCGACCGGCUGGAGCUGAUCGUGCGCAAGUGGCGGCACAGUCUGCUGGAGCUCGACCUUAGCUGGGCCAGCAACCAGCCGGCGCUGGACGCGGCGCUGCUGGCGCUGGCCGAGCCUGACCUGGAGCAACCGCCGCCACCGCUGCGCAAGCUGGACCUGUGCGGCGCGGCCGGCACGUUCGCACCCGUCUGCCGGCUGGUGGCGGCGUGUCCGGCGCUGCAGGAGCUCAACUUGACCUCGUGCCGCGCCCUGCCGCGCGGCGUCAAGCGCCACUACCGCGGCGACGAGCUGGAACGGCUGAGGGUGGACAUCGCCGCCGGCAAGUACCGCGACGAGCCGGGUCCGAAGCCGGACAAGGCGGAGAAGCCGGAGAAGCCGCCCAAAACGUCCGUGCUCGUGCGGCUGGGCCUGGGCCGGCUGUCGGGCGGCAGGUCCAAGCCGAAGCAGGCGGUUGAGGAGUCGCCGCCGCUGCCGCCGCCGCCGCCGGCGCCGGCUAAGGCGGAGUUCCGCGCGCCGCCCAGCCCCGUCGUACGGGCCAAGUCGCUGUCGCUGCCCAAGCUGGAGCAGCAGCGCGUGAUCCCGCUGCGCUCGGUGCCCGCGGCGCCCAUCCCCGACUCGGUGGCGGCGACGGCGCGGCCGGGCGGCGCCGCGGCCGAGAUCAAAGACGCGUUCGAGCGGUUCCGGCAGCGCCGCGCGAGGAUCGCGAGCGGCUGGCCAAGAGCACGCCCAACCUCAGCCUGA